GAAACUACUAGCAUAAUUAAUUGUUACUUGUUUUUGAUGUCAACAUGUAGCACAGUGGUCGUUUCGAAAACCAAACCCCAGUUCAAAAUUCUAGUGAAUAAUGUGCUUAUAAUUCCUAGUCAAACGACGGGCGAAAUCGAAAUGUGUCUGCGUUUGUUUUUUGGCUUCACGUCGCUUUACCUCGGCUGCAUCUUCAUCGGGCUUUCGGGGAUAGUUUUCGCCGUGGUGAUCUUUUCUGUGGGUCUGUUCGAGCUUAUCAUGGGCAACCCCGAAUUACUGCUCGUGAUCUUGGCAAUGGUUUUUGGCUUCGUCUAUGCCGUGGCCAAAUUAUUCCUGCUUUUCGGCACGAUGUGGGACAUGUGCUGGGCCCUGCUCUUAUCCUUCUUGAUCGGUCUGGUGAGCUUAGCUCUUCUCGUCGGGUUGGUCGUGUUGUUUUACCUCGUCCAUAUGAACACACUGCACCUCCUGCUGGGCGCGACAAUGUGCUUAAUCGAAUUGUACUACGAGUGGAUCAUCAUCUCCACUUGGUGGUGCUGUCGGAGUUGCAUGCACGACUGCUAGGAGUUGCAGUUGUAUUCAAGAUCUUGCCUGCAACUCGAACUUGUUGCAGCUCAACGUCUUGGGAUCUUUGCGUCGGUUGUAAUAAUGUGAACAGCCGAGUUAAGAGAGGAGAGGUACUGCCGAAGAGAACUUGGAUCCAAAGUGAGUUGGGGUCUUUCGGCAUUGAGUGUCUUUAGUCAAGUCAGUUCGAUCUGAGACGCGCGCUGGAGUGGAGCGAUCGAGCUGCCGCAGCGAAUGAGCGUGUGUGUGACUGUGUACGGCCCCCAACCCGUCGAUAGAGAAAUAAGAGAUAUAUCUGGAAAAAUUAAUAUCUGAAAAUACACAAGUGUAUCUGCAUGUGCAGCCGUAUCUGUGA